CAGGGAAACUUGAUUUAAAUAUAAAUAUAAGCAUGCAGAUUCAAACAAAUUAAGAAAAACAGAAAAAUAAGAGUAGGAGGCUGGACUAUUGGAGCAAACAUAAGAAAAUUAGUAAUUCAUUCAUUAAAGCCUGAUUCAUAGAAAAUUCUCUGCUUUUACUCUGAAGGUUCUGACCGGAAGCUGGGUUUUGGCUCUGCGGUUUCCGGUGAGGCAGUCAGGCGGACAGACUUCUGUAAACCCGAAACCUGGUGAAACAGCAAAUAAACCAAAGGAAACAGGAAAGAAAACAGGGAAGGAAACAGGAAAGGAAACAGGAAGGAGGUUUUUACGGCAGGAAGAGGAUUUAUUUGGACUUCCGGCGAGGAACCGAGAGGAAAAACAACCCGCUUCGCCUCUGCAGGAUGUGAUAGAACUGCAGCAGAUAAACUUCUCCCUUCUCAGCCUCAAGAUCAACAGACGAGACGCAGCGACAAACAUGUCUCUGUUAUUCUCUGGAGCCGUCACAAGUUCCCCGAUAAAACGGCGGCUGCGUGGGAAUCACUCCUGCCACAGCCCCGACGCCUCCCUCCUGUCCCCCGACUCGUCCUACGUCUGCUACCCGUCUGCGCUCGCCGGCGCCCCUGGCUGCCGCCGCUCGCCGCGCCUCCUCACCAACGGUUACUAUGACGUCACCGAGGACAGCUUCUGCCUGGACGAGGACGGAAACGUGUCUCUGACCGACUGCAGGACCAGCGUGUCCUACAAGGAGAACCUGGUCAGAGUCUUCCGGCGGCGGCGGAAACCCCGCAGCGCCCUGGUUUCCCUGCUGAGCGGCGUUUCAGAGAGCUGCCAGUCAUGGCUGGACCAGAAGGUGUUCGGAGGCAUUCUGGGAACCGGACUCAGACAGGACCCGGACCCGGACCCGGACCUGGACUGGGCCCGGGUCGGCCAGCAGGGGGCGUCUCCGUGUCGAUUGGACGAGUCUCUGUGGGCGGGGCUAAACGCCGAUCUGGACGAUGGACGAAGCUUCACCUAUGAUCCCAGCGAAGCCCCGCCUCCUCCAGGCAAAGAAGCCCCGCCUCCUCCUGAUGAAUUGGCCCCGCCUCCUGGGAAGAUGUUGAUCCAGGAGGAAAUCUGCUCUGAGGUCAGUCAGUCCACGCAGGGCUUCACCCAAUCACUGAGCGGCCUCUCCGAAGUCCCGCCCCCUCUGGCCUUCUACAGCUGCUGCCAGGCGGCACCUGAACCUCCAGGGCUGACGAUGAAGGCUCUCCUCAUCCUCAUCUUCAGCAUCUUCAUCAUAAGCGUUCUCUACUCAGGCUCCUGCUGGUGGAGCGCCAUGGUAACGGCCGCCAUGUUGGCGACGAUCUCAGCCGUGAUGUUCGUGACCAAGUCGGGUCCGAUGGGCGAGUGGAGGAGAGCCAAGACCGAGGACAUCACAUCCAGGAACGAGUAGGAGCCGGAACCAGAACCGGAACUGGACCAGAACCGGACUGGAACUGGACCAGAACCAGGCAGGAUUCUGUUCCUGCAAUUUUCAAUCCCACUGGACAAAAAGGUGAAACCGGUUCUGAGCUCUGGAGGCUUUUACAGAUAACUGGGUUUGAAUUCACAGAAAGAAAAAUAAAUCAUGGAUGACAGAAGAGAGGAAUCAAUAAUCAAUCAAUAAUCUGAUUCAACCAGCAGAUAAAGAGUAAAAACUGCUGUUGGAUUCAAAAGGAGCUCAGACGCCGUUGGGUUAGCUUAGCAUCGCAAAGAGCUGCAAAAUCACCAACUGGGAAACAAAGUUUUCAUCAAGUUUUUAUUUCACACAAAAAUCACCUGGAAUCCUGCAGAAGAUUUAAUAUUUUAUAUUUCCAGACGAGGAGCGAUGAUUUAUUACGUUUAUUUAAAAUAGAAAGUAAAUAAACCGCAGCUUCAGGGGAGACGCAUGAGAGCAAUAAGAAUAAAAAACAUUUUGUUGUCGCAAAUUUAAAUCCAGAAAACCUUCAAAACCUAAAAUCCUGAAAUAUAUAUAUUAAAAAUGUAAAUAUUGAAAAAGGACCUGCUUUAAAUUACAUCUAAAGCUGCAGUCAGGUCAAGGCUUUUAUUUUGAAAGAAUUCCUCUCUGUAUGGAGAGCCUGCAGUGCUUUAAAUUUAACAUCUGAGAUAAAAAAGAUAAUCUAUAAAACUGACCACAUGAUAAGCUAUAAGUGAAAGACAUUUUAAAAAUAAAAAUUAAACAUAAAUCAAUUAAAAUACAGUCAAAUGAUAAAGCUUAAAAAUCUGAAAAAUGAGCAGAUUUUCUCCAUCAAUUCAGCUGUAAAUAUGAUAUAAUUUAGUGAAAAUUCAAUUUUGAUAAAGGAAACAAUUCUAGUAAAAUUAUGACACAUUUAAUUAUUUUUUGUGAAGUUCCCCCUUUUGCACAAGCUUUUAUUUUGAAAAGCAUCUUUUUUAUAUGGAGCUCAAUAAGUUUUUAAAAUUAUUUUUUAGAUUUUGUUUUGCAUUAAUGUAUUUUAUCCUGUUCAGACAGGUCAAUAGGAAUAAAAACUUGAUGUUGAUGAAAUGUUUAGAUAUUAAAAAAGUUAAUAAAAGUUUAAUUCUUAUUAUUAACGAGCAGGAUGUAAUAAAUCCUUCAUGGCUGCAGAAAAACUAAACCAGUAAAAAAGUGAGGAAAAGGAUUUCAGAAGAUUUACUUGUCAUGAAUAUUUAUUCCCAACUUUUCACUUUGUCACAUUUUUUUAUUUGAAAGGGCCUUGCCUCUGUACGGAGCUCCUGAAGUGCUGAUAUGUUUUAAUCCACGCAAACUAAAAUAAUGUCACACUUCAGAGGCUCCAUGUUGAUAUUGUUACUGAAAGUAAUGUAAAGUGUACUGUAAAACUUCCUGAAUAUGAUCAGAAAUCCAGAGCUGAGCUUCGGGUUCAGGUUAAAGCAGAGCCGACGUUCUUCCUGCAGGGAAAGGUCAGGAAGGUCGUGAUGCCUUCAGGGCUCGCAACAUUAAAAAUCUUCCCACAGAAAUGCUUUUAAUCGCUCUGUGGUCCGAAGAAACGUUUUUAUCAAAGUGCCAAAUUUUUUAUCCAGAACAAACGAUGCUAUUUUUGAUACAGCGCUCUGCUUUACUGUUCUGGAAGCUUCCUGUUUAUUACUGGUGAACAUGUUGUCCUUCUACUCUCCUCUGUUUUUAUCAGACCAAAACUCUGCUGCCCUCUGCUGGUUGGAACCAGUCAGUGCAGCGUAAGAACGUGUAGUUGUAAAAAAUCACAUUUGUGAUAUUUUUUUUACUUUCUAAGCUUUAGAUCUGUGAAGCACUUAACCUCCGACUCACUCCUCAUGUUCUACUGUUUGUAUUUCCACUGAAUGUGACGCUGUGCUUGUGAUAGCACUUUGUUUUUAGCCGCAGUCUGGCAGCUCAGCAGGAGUUAAUUAUUAAAUGUGAAACAAAAGGAAAAUUUGGAGUUUAAAUUGAUGUGAAGAUUUUCUAUAAAAUGAGAUUUUUAGGGAUCAAUUCACAUUUCAGAGGCGUUCUUGGAUAUUUGACCACUUGGUGGCGCUGUGACGUUAGUUUAUUUCCUGUCUCCUGCCUGUUGUCAGACUGUUUUAUUUGAAGUGACUUUUAUUAUGAAGCUAUUAAACCACAUUAAAGACAA